AUGGUGAAUAAUUUUGUCACACAAGAAGAGGUUGAUCUUACUAUUGCUUUUAUUUAUGUGAGUAUGGACGAAAUUUUGGGUUCGGGGCAAAAAACCGCUAUGUUUUGGAUACGUAUUCAUCAAAUUUUUGAGGAACGCAAUGGCAAUGAAUUCCGAAGAGAUUCUGAAGCUUUAAAAACCAAGAUGAAAAAUAUUAAAAAGGUGUCAAAGAAUUCGUGUCCAUUCUUAACGCUAUAUAUCGGCAAACCAAAAGCGACAAGAGAUGGUCGCUUGCAAUUUCAGGAACAAAGGGGACAACCAUUCAAGUAUGAUGCAUGUUAUGAAUUGUGUAGAGAAAAGGUCCCUGGAUAUAAUUAUGAACUGACUGUGAGCCAAAACAGUGAGUUGUUUAAUAAUCAUCGUAACUUUGUAUCAGUCGAAGAUGGUACUAAAGUUCUUCCCAAUGGAGAAACUCGUUGGAAAUACAAGAAAAAUGCACGUCCAAUAGGAACAAAGAAAGCCAAAAAGCUAGCCAGAGAGAAGAAGGUUCGUGAGCGAGGCAUAUUUAGAGAAGGUGAUGAGGGAACAUCUUAG